AUGAAAAUUUCCGAUAAGCGUAAGUUUGAAAAAGUAAACUUUGAGGAGUUUGAGUCGGCUCUCAAUAACAAAAACGACUUGGUACAUUGUCACUCAAUAACUUUAUUUGAAUCGAUCCGCACGGAAGUGCGAUCAUUCUACGAAGACGAAAAGUCUAGUCUAAUCAAGGUGGUAAAAUACAGAACUGAUGCAAUGGAUAGGAAAAGAUCUUUUGAAAAAAUUGUCAUUGCCGUCAUGGUCAAGAAAAAUGUACAAAAGUUUCUGACGUUUGUUGAAGACGAACCAGAUUUCCAGAGCGGACCAAUCCCUUCAAAGUAUCUCAUUCCCAAGAAAAUCAACUUGAUGGUCUACACGUUGUUUCAAGUACAUACUUUGAAAUUUAAUAGGAAAGAUUACGAUACCCUUUCUCUUUUUUACCUCAACAGAGGAUACUAUAGUGAGUUGAGUUUUCGUGUCCUGGAACGUUGUUACGAAACUGCGAGUUCCAGGCCGAACGACAGCUCUACGAUGCGUACUUUCACCAACUUUGUUUCUGGCGCGCCUAUUGUAAGGAGUCUUCAGAAAAGCACCAUAAGGAAAUAUGGAUACAAUUUGGCACCCUACAUGUUUUUGUUACUACACGUAGAUGAGCUUUCGAUUUUUUCCGCAUAUCAAGCAAGUUUACCUGGCGGUAAGAAAGUCGGCACAGGGCGGCUGAAGCGUGAUCUAUGCCCACGUAAACCCACUGAGAUAAAGUACUUUUCACAGAUAUGUAACGAUAUGAUGAACAAAAAAGACGGAUUGGGUGAUAUUUUGCAUAUUAUCUUGCGAGCAUGUGCGCUUAAUUUUGGGGCGGGUCCCCGUGGUGGCGCUGGUGACGAAGAGGAAGAGGAUCGAUCUAUUGCGAAUGAACAAUCCAUUAUUCCCUCUGUGGACGAGCAUGGCUUAAAAGUAUGUAAGUUGCGCAGUCCGAACACUCCACGAAGACUCAGAAAAACAUUAGAUGCCGUGAAAGCUUUAUUGGUGUCCUCUUGUGCUUGCACCGCAAAGGAUUUAGAUAUAUUUGAUGACAACAACGGCGUUGCGAUGUGGAAAUGGAUCAAAAUUCUGUACCACGAAGUAGCACAGGAAACCGCGCAGAAGGACUCUUAUAGAAUAACUUUGGUACCUUCUUCUGAUGGUAUAUCAGUAUGUGGAAAACUGUUUAAUCGCGAGUAUGUCCGCGGCUUUUACUUUGCAUGCAAGGCUCAGUUUGACAGCCUUUGGGACGAAUUGAACAAGUGCUUUUAUAUGCCUACAGUGGUUGAUAUUGCCAGUCUCAUUUUGCGUAAUCGAGACGUUUUGUUCAGAGAGCCAAAGCGGGGAAUUGACGAGUAUCUGGAAAACGAUUCUUUUCUUCAAAUGAUACCUGUUAAAUAUCGUGAAAUUGUGCUGCCAAAGUUGAGAAGAGAUGCUAACAAAAUGACCGCGGCUCUGAAAAAUAAAGUGGCUGUUGCAAUUGACGAGCUCACGGUGCCACUUAUGUGGAUGAUCCAUUUUGCCGUGGGAUACCCUUACCGUUAUCCAGAGCUUCAGCUACUCGCUUUUGCCGGUCCUCAGCGCAACGUAUACGUCGACGAUACAACAAGACGCAUCCAACUGUACACUGAUUAUAACAAGAACGGUUCAUCGGAGCCUCGACUAAAGACACUUGACGGACUCACUUCAGAUUACUUGUUUUAUUUUGUCACUGUGCUAAGGCAAAUGCAAAUAUGUGCGCUUGGUAACAGUUAUGACGCCUUUAAACAUGAUCCUUGGAUGGAUGUCGUGGGAUUUGAGGAUCCAGAUCAAGUAACAAAUCGAGAUACUUCGAGGAUAGUUUUGUAUUCCUACUUGUUUCUGAAUACCGCGAAGGGCUGUCUCGUUGAAUAUGCAACUUUUCGGCAGUACAUGAUGGAACUUCCGAAGAAUGCACCUCAGAAGCUGAAUUUUCGGGAGAUGCGUCAGGGGUUGAUUGCCCUAGGGCGCCACUGCGUAGGUAGCAGAUUUGAAACGGAUUUGUACGAGUCGGCGACGAAUGAACUCAUGGCCAAUCAUUCCGUUCAAACAGGGCGAAAGAUCUACGGUGUGGAUUCCUUUUCGUUAACCAGUGUCAGUGGAACGACCGCCACUUUAUUGCAGGAACGAGCUUCUGAGCGCUGGAUUCAAUGGUUAGGCCUUGAAAGCGACUACCAUUGUUCCUCCAGUACUGCGAAUGCGGGAGACGUAGCAGGUGAGGCGAGUUCAGAUCAUCGAAAAAUUUUGAGAGUAACGCGAAAAAGGCCCCGAGAGCCCAAGAGCACAAACGAUAUCCUCGUCGCAGGCCAGAAACUCUUUGGCAGCUCCUUUGAAUUCAGGGACUUGCAUCAGUCGCGCUUAUGUUAUGAAAUAUACAUGGCGGACACACCCUCUGUGGCAGUACAGGCCUCCCCGGGCUAUGGUAAGACGGAGUUAUUUCAUCUCCCCUUAAUAGCACUGGCGUCUAAGGGCGACGUGAAAUAUGUGUCGUUUCUGUUUGUACCAUACACAGUGUUGCUUGCUAAUUGCAUGAUCAGGUUGAGCCGAGGCGGUUGCUUGAAUGUGGCCCCUGUCAGAAACUUUAUUGAAGAAGGUUACUAUGGCGUUACUGAUUUAUACGUGGGGAUCUACGAUGACCUUGCUAGCGCUAAGUUCACAGACAGGAUAGCUGCGUGGGAUAAUAUUGUUGAGUGCACCUUUAGGACCAACAAUGUAAAGUUGGGUUACCUCAUUGUAGAUGAGUUUCACAACUUCGAAACGGAGGUCUACCGGCAGUCGCAAUUUGAGGGCAUAGCUAACCUCGAUUUUGACGCUUUCGAGAAAGCAAUCUUUUUGAGCGGCACAGCACCUGAGGCUGUAGCCGAUACUGCGUUGCAGCGUAUUGGGCUUACGGGACUGAACAAAAAAUCGAUGGACAUCAACGAGCUCAAACGGUCGGAAGAUCUCAGCAGAGGUUUAUCCAGCUAUCCAACACAGAUGUUCAAUCUGAUUAAGGAGAAAUCUGAGGUGCCUUUAGGGCAUGUGCAUAAAAUCCGGAAGAAAGUCGAAUCACCUCCCAAAGAAGCACUGAAGCUUCUUUUAGCCCUGUUUGAAGUUGAACCAGAGUCGAAGGCCAUUGUAGUUGCAAGCACAACCAACCAAGUGGAAGAAUUGGCCUGCUCUUGGAGGGAGUAUUUCCGGGUGGUGUGGAUACACGGGAAGCUGGGUGCUGCAGAAAAGGUGUCUCGCACGGAGGAGUUUGUCACUGACGGUAGCAUGCGAGUUCUCAUCGGAACGAAAUUAGUCACUGAAGGAAUUGACAUUAAGGAAUUGAUGAUGGUGAUCACGCUUGAUAAUAGACUUAAUAUUAUUGAGCUCAUUCAAGGCAUGGGAAGACUAAGAGAUGGAGGCCUCUGUUAUAUAUUAUCUAGAAAAAACAGUUGGGCGGCAAGGAAUCGGAGGGGUGAAUUAUCACCAAUUAAGGAAGGCUGUAUAACCGAACAGGUGCGCGAGUUCUAUGGACUUGAAUCAAAGAAAGGGAAAAAGGGCCAGCAUGUUGGAUGCUGUGGCUCCAGGACAGACCUGUCGGCAGACACAGUGGAACUGAUAGAAAGAAUGGACAGAUUGGCUGAAAAUGAGGCCACAGUCUCCGCGUUACCGUCUAGUUCCCAGGAGAGAAAUAGCAGUGACAGGUACAGAGAGUAUUGCAGCAGCGAUGAGGACAGCAACGCGGGCAUUCAUGACGGUACCACUGCUAAUACUGCUGAUAGUAUCAAUGCUGAUACUGCUGAUAGUGCCAAUGCUAGUGCCAACGCUAGUGCCAAUGCUAGUGCCAACGCUAGUGCCAAUGCUAGUGCCAACGCUAGUGCCAAUGCUAGUGCCAACGCUAGUGCCAAUGCUAGUGCCAACGCUAGUGCCAAUGCUAGUGCCAACGCUAGUGCCAACGCUAGUGCCAAUGCUAGUGCCAACGCUAGUGCCAAUGCUAGUGCCAAUGCUAGUGCCAACGCUAGUGCCAACGCUAGUGCCAAUGCUAGUGCCAACGCUAGUGCCAAUGCUAGUGCCAACGAGGACGCCAAUACAGGCGGCAAUGCUGAGAGUAAUAGAAUCCAUCCAGUCACUGACAUUAUUAAAGAGCCAUAUAAGCGGAAAGGGAGUCAAAUGGUUUUUCUAGAGAGAAAGAAACUGAAAGCACAGUUUCCCAAUACUUCUGAGAAUACGAAUGUAUUAGAGUUUCUUGGAUUUCGGUCUGACGAAAUUAAACAUCUUUUCCUCUAUGGUAUCGAUAUAUACUUCUGCCCAGAGGGAGUGUUCACACAAUACGGAUUAUGCAAGGGCUGUCAAAAGAUGUUCGAGCUCUGCGUCUGCUGGCCUCGCCAGAAAGUAUCGUAUCGGAGUAUAGCUUGGGAAGCACUAGCUGUGGAGAGAAUGCUGCGAAAUGACGAGGAAUACAAGGAAUACUUGGAAAAUAUCGAGCCAUAUCAUGGGGACCCUGUAGGAUAUUUGAAAUUUUUUAGCGUAAAGAAGAGAGAGAUCUACUCUCAGAUACAAAGAAAUUAUGCUUGGUACCUGGCUAUUACUAGAAGAAGGGAAACAAUUAGUGUAUUGGAUUCGACAAGAGGCAAGCAAGGGAGCCGAGUUUUCCGCAUGUCUGGAAGGCAAAUCGAAGAGUUGUAUUUUGAAGCAUGGAGCAACUUGCGCGAAUCGAAGACGGGGGUGCUGCAAUACUUUUUGAACUGGGACGAGAAAAAGUGCCAGGAAGAAUGGGAGGCAAAAGACGCUACGGUCGUUGUGGAGGCGCUCGAGAAACUUGGAGUUUUUCAGCGUUUGCGUUCCAUGACAAGCGCUGGACUGCAGGGUCCGCAGUACGUCAAGCUGCAGUUUGGCAGGCAUCAUCAACAGCUGAGGAGCAGGUAUGAAUUAAGUUUAGGAAUGCACUUGCGAGAUCAGACUGCGCUGGGAGGUACCCCAUCUAAACUGCCGCAUUGGACGCCUUUCCUCUCGAUGCUAAUAGGCCUGUUCUACAAUAAAAUAUUCCGGCAGAGACUGGAGUAUCUUUUGGAGCAGAUUUCGGAGGUGUGGUUAUUACCACAUUGGCUUGAUUUGGCAAACGUUGAAGUUCUCGCUGCAGAUAACACGAGAGUACCACUGUACAUGCUGAUGGUAGCGGUUCACAAAGAGCUAGGUAGCGAUGAUGUUCCAGACGGUAAGAUUGAUAUAUUAUUAUGUAGAGAUUCCAGCAGAGAAGUUGGAGAGUGA